GCUUGAAACUUGCAGGAACUUGCUAUGUAGGUGGUUGGUCACUCAAAUUACUCCCCCACUACCCAUGCACUAAACAAACUAAAAGCCACCACCCUCCAAAUCCAAAACAAUCUCCCUAUAAAUAGCCUCAUUCUCCCCCCCAACUUCCCAUCACUCACUCACUCCACCCUCAAAUUCACUUCCCAACACAUGGAGAUGAACCUACUAGCCGCCGCCUGGCUCGCCACCGCCGCCGUCCUCCUCCUCACCUUAUGGCUCCGACGCCGCACCACCCACUCCCGCUCCACCCUCCUCCCACCGCCGCCGGGCCCAAAGCCCUGGCCCAUCAUCGGCAACCUCAACCUCAUCGGCCCACUCCCUCACCGCUCCCUCCACGCCCUCUCCUCCCACUACGGGCCCAUCAUGCAGCUCCGCUUCGGGGCCCACACCGUCAUGGUGGGCUCCUCCAUCGACCUCGCCAAAUCCAUCCUCAAGACCCACGACCUCGCCUUCGCGGGCCGGCCCGAGAUCGCGGCCGGAAAAUACACCACCUACAAUUACUCCGACAUCACGUGGUCCCAGUACGGGCCCUACUGGCGCCAGGCCCGCAAGAUGUGCCUCACCGAGCUCUUCAGCGCCAAGCGCCUCGCCUCCUACGAGUACAUCCGCAAGGAAGAGCUGAAUUGGGUCAUGAAAAAUCUGUUCGGGUCGGGCGGCGACCCGGUCAAUUUGAAGGACCACUUGUCUGACCUCAGCUUAAACGUCAUCAGCCGGAUGGUUUUGGGGAAAAAAUACACCGGCGUGGCGGCGGCGGAAGGGGAAAUUGUGACGCCCGAGGAGUUCAAGGAGAUGCUGGAUGAGUUGUUUUUGCUGAAUGGGGUUUUGGAUAUCGGGGAUUCGAUUCCUUGGCUGGCGCCGUUGGAUCUGCAGGGGUACCGGCGGCGGAUGAAGGCGGUGGCGAGGAAGUUUGACCGGUUUUUGGAAAGGGUUUUGGACGAGCAUAAUUUGAAGAGGAGGAGUGGUGGUGGUGGUGGGAUGGUGGCGGAGGAGGGUUUGGGGGCGAAGGAUAUGGUGGAUGUGUUGUUGGAGCUGGCGGAGGAUCCGGAUUUGGAGGUGAAGCUUGAUCGGAGGGGAGUCAAGGCGUUUACUCAGGAUAUGAUAGCAGGCGGAACCGAAAGUUCAGCAGUGACAGUAGAAUGGGCGAUCUCGGAGCUUUUGAAACACCCGGAAGCCUUCAUUAGGGCAACGGAGGAGCUGGACAGGGUAGUCGGAAAUGAGCGUUGGGUCGAGGAGAAGGACGUAGCCAACCUGCCAUACAUCAACGCGAUCGUGAAAGAGACGAUGCGGCUACACCCCGUGGCGCCGUUGUUGGUUCCCAGGUUGGCUCGAGAGGAUGUCGAGCUUUCUGGCUACCGCGUCGCGAAGGGCACCCGCGUUCUCGUCAAUGUUUGGACCAUCGGGAGAGACCCCACCAUCUGGGACGCUCCCGAGGAGUUCCGUCCCGAGAGGUUCAUCGGGAAGGACAUCGACGUGAAAGGUCACGAUUUCGAGCUUUUGCCUUUUGGCGCGGGAAGGAGGAUGUGCCCCGGGUACCCGUUGGGGAUCAAGGUGAUUCAAGUGAGUUUGGCCAGCCUUCUUCAUGGGUUUAAGUGGGAAUUGCCUAGUGGGAUGAAGAGGGAAGAGUUGAACAUGGAGGAGAUUUAUGGGCUCUCUACUCCUAGGAAGUUCCCUCUUGUUGCUGUUGCUCACCCUAGGCUUCCCCUUCAUCUCUACAAAAACUGAUCUUGAGGUCCACUCUCUAGUGAGCUGUGAUCAUGUUUCCCUUUUAAGCUAUAGUAAUUGUUUUCAUGGUAGUAGUUUGAAUUAAGAAUGUAUUUGAUGUUGAAUAAGCUCAACAUGAUCUUGUUGUAUGCCCCCUCCCUAUUGGGCUUUGGUGAUAAUGAAUGCUAGAUGAGUUUUUGAGGUUGCCCUAUUGAUUGGGUUGUGAUUUUCUAUACUUAGUUGGUGGCAAG